ACAACAAAUCAUUGUGGAUCUCAAUACACGUGUGGAAAGAAUAACCACGGAUCUUACGUCGCGAGAUGCCACAUUUAUUAUCAAAGGACAGAGAAUUAUGGCAAUGGUAAACACUGUGAUUGAAACUAUUAAUGGAAUUACCACCAAUUAUGAAUCUCUUCAUGACCGGAUGGAUCAUUUAACUGAAACAGGUUCCAUAGCCCCAUUAAGAUCUGAACAAUUUAAUACCCUGCCUGAGCAUACAUCUAAUUCUUCCCAACGAUCUUCUUAUGCUUCCAUGUAA